AUGCCUACUCUUGCAGUCACCAAUUUUAAUGUUGUGUGUGCUACCUUGGGUGGCUUUAUUACGCUCUUUGGUUUAGUCUCGUACCUGUUCAAGGAACAAUUCUAUUUGUCGGAAGCAUUGAUUUCGCUCCUUGCGGGUGUUACCUUCUCCCCCCAUGCUGCGAAUCUCAUAAGACCCAUAGACUAUGCCCUGGGAAACCGAGAAGCCUUAGAUGACAUCACACUUUACUUUAGCCGCUUAGUUCUGGGAGUCCAACUUGUCCUUGCUGGUGUCCAACUACCAAGCCGCUAUCUCCUUAAAGAAUGGAAGAGUCUCUCCCUUCUCCUUGGACCAGGGAUGCUGGGCAUGUGGAUAUGCAGUAGUCUCGUCAUCUUUGCUCUUGUGCCAAAGCUGCCUUUCCUCCAUGCCCUGGCUAUUGCCGCAUGCAUCACUCCCACAGAUCCAGUAUUAUCCAAUUCUAUUGUCAAGGGCAAGUUUGCCGACAAAAAUAUACCACGCCCCCUGCAGAGGAUUAUCAUAGCUGAGUCCGGUGCUAAUGACGGCCUGGGAUACCCUUUCUUGUUCUUUGCCAUGUAUCUUAUCCAGUUCAAUGAAGCUGGAGGUGCACGCAAAGCGAUGGGCCUGUGGUUCGGUGAGACAUGGGGCUACACCAUUCUGCUGAGCGUGGUGUAUGGUGUUGCUGUAGGUUGGGUAGCCAAAGAAUUGCUCCAUUGGGCUGAGGAGAACAGAUACAUUGAUAGGGAGAGCUUCCUUGUGUUUGCUGUUGCGUUGGCCUUGUUCAUCAUCGGCACCUGCGGGAUGAUUGGAAGUGAUGAUGUACUUGCCUGCUUUAUUGCCGGCAAUGUCUUCACCAUCGAUGACUGGUUCCGCCUUGAGACCCUUGAUGAUUCUCUCCAACCAACAAUCGACAUGCUGCUGAACUUAUCUGUGUUCAUGUGGUUCGGGGCCGUUUGCCCCUGGCCCAUCUUUUUGAACAACAACAUCAUCCCCAUAUAUCGGCUAAUCGGGCUAGGAAUUCUAAUUCUAUUAUUCCGCCGGCUUCCUGUUGUUUUCGCUAUGCAUAAAUAUAUUCACCAGAUUGAAGAAUUCCGUCAGGCCGCGUUCGUCGGAUUUUUUGGCCCCGUUGGUGUCAGUGCCAUAUUCUACCUGUAUGUUAGCCUAGAAUACGUCAGGAGCAACUUUAUGGUGGAUGGGAAGGUAAGAGAAGAUGGAGAGCGUCUUAUUGAAACGAUGUACAUCGUCGUUUGGUUCUUGACUAUCUGCAGUAUUGUUGUCCAUGGGCUGUCUAUCCCUAUUGGAAAGCUCGGUUUCAGUAUACCACGAACACUUUCUAGCGCCCUCAGUACAAGCGUUGAUAUUGAUUCUGAGCGUGGCCCACAUUCUGGCGUCAACACUCCAGGUUUACAGCAUACAACAAGUAUAGCUACUUCUACCCCUGCCCCGAGAACAUCACGGUUCAUACCGGGUAAAUUCCGCAAGCAGUCAAAGGUAGACGGCAGCCGUCCGCGAGAUAGUCCCCCAACACCAGUGGCAUUCCGCAUUGGUCGUACCGUCAUUCCGGAACGCAACGAUAUAGACGACAACGAACAUGACGAUAUUAGUCCGUUGCCUUCGUCCAACUCGACCAUUGUAAUCUCACAAAGGGCCAAAGACUAA